GCUCGAGGCCUUUGCCUUGAGGCAAAAGAAACGAGGCUGCUCAAAAGGUACUGAGAGAGGUCUCGAAACCUAAAUCGACAACGCCGGUAGCAGCAUGGCUCUUCGUCGCGAUUGGGUGUACGAGAACAAUGGAGGGACGUGCGUCGCCAUCGCCGGAUCGGACUACUGCGUGAUUGCGGCCGAUACCAGGCUUUCCGUCGGAUACAGCAUCUAUACCCGGGAAUUCUCUAAGAUCUGCAAUCUGGCGGACAAGUGCGUGUUGGCCACCUCUGGCUUCCAGGGCGAUAUGAAAGCUCUGCAGAAAAACUUGGCAGCUAGACACUUGAUCUAUCAGCAUCAACACAACAAACAAAUGAGCUGCCCUGCGAUGGCUCAGCUCUUGUCUAAUACCCUCUACUACAAGCGCUUCUUCCCAUAUUACACUUUCAACAUCCUAGGCGGGCUUGACAGUGAUGGAAAGGGCUGUGUUUUCACAUAUGAUGCUGUUGGUUCCUACGAGAGAGUUGGCUACAGUGCCCAGGGCACCGGUGCAGGACUUAUCAUACCAGUUCUGGACAACCAGCUAAAAUCUCCAAGUCCCCUAUUAUUACCUGCAAAGGAUGCCGUCACACCUCUAUCCGAAGCAGAGGCAGUUGAUUUGGUUAAAGAUGUCUUUGCAUCAGCCACCGAAAGAGACAUAUACACAGGUGAUAAAGUAGAAAUCGUCGUUAUAAAUGCAUCAGGCAUCCGGCAGGAAUUGAUGGAGUUGAGGAAGGACUGACCGCCCCUGGGAAAUGGAAGGGGAAGGCUGUUUAUUUAGUUGUCGUCACAACUAUGAUGCUUCCUUUGCUAUCUAUUAUCAAAUCAGACAUUGUUUAGCUUUUCGAUUCUUUUAGACCACCGUGAGUUGUAUGGUUGUUGGCUGAAUACGUUGGAGUUUGAUUGUUGGGAAAACUAUAUUCAAACAUUAGUUGUUUUCGCAUUAUAUUUGAACAUAACUGAUGCAAUUUACAUACUCGCGGACACGCAUUUUUUUUA